AUGACUACCAUUUAUGACGUCAUUAAUGUAACUAGAUGUUGUCGCAGUACAUUACCAUGGUAUAAAGACAAGGGUAUGCUCAAUCGGUGGAAGACCACUGUGCAUUCAUAUAACGUACGUCACAGCUACGUCACAUUCGGAACUGGACAGACAGAGAAUGAAGUAUCACAUGAUAUUUCGUACUUAUCACAGGGUGAUAGUGUUAAAUUAAAACAUGCAGAAUUUAGAAUAGGCAAGUCAACUGUUCAUAAAAUAGUCAACGAAACUUGUUGGGCGAUUUGGACUGUCCUACAGCCAAUUGUUUUAAAAACUCCUAGUAAAGAGGACUGGAAAUCAAUUAGCGAAGAGUUUAUGAAUAAGUGGCAGUUUCCUAAUUGUCUAGGAGCAAUAGAUGGGCGUCAUAUGAGAAUCCAGGCCCCACCCAAUUCUGGAUCAAACUUCUACAAUUAUAAACAAUUUUUCAGUAUGGUAUUACUUGCCACCUGCGAUGCAACAUACAAAUUUACUUGGAUUGACAUUGGCCAAUAUGGGUCUAUAAGUGAUGGUGGAACAUGGGCAAACACUGAUUUUGCAAAUGAUAUGGCUGCAGAUUUAGUCGAUACUAAGCUACAUGAUGGCAGCAUUAGAGAAGGACAGUGCAGACGGCACUUUUCUCCACAUUUUGCUGAAAUUGGACGAUUAGGUGCUAACCGUGCAGAUGCUAUAGCGAAGGAGAUGAGAAAUACUCUUAAAGAUUAUUUUGUCUCUUCAAUUGGUGAAGCCCAAGCUCCAUGGCAAUACGAUUGCGCAUUCAGAGGGGCUAAUAUUAAUCUUCCUCAGUAAUUAUUUUUUAAUAUGAUACAUGGAAAGAACAAUUUAUUCAAAACUGAAGAAAUAUGCAGAACAAAAUGUUUAUAUACUAUAUAUUAUGUAUUUAUAAAAAAAUAAGAUGUACCAAAGUAAGAUAUGCUCAAAUGAUAACUUGAAAACUUGUUAUCUAAAUGUAUUUUGAUGUAUAUAUAAAUGUAUAUAAUUAAAUGUA